AUGUACUAUAUUCCCAUGUGUAUAUUUUAUACUUUAAUACACCGGAUCAAUAUCAACUUAUUAAGAAUGUCCUUGGAAAUAAAUAAAGAAUCUAUUACUAUGAACGAUUCGGUAGAAAAACCACAACAUAAUUCUCUACAUGGCUUCCCCGCCAGGACUUCAUUCAAAGAAGAUUUGAUACCCAAAUUUACUGGAAACAGUAACAGUGAAUUAGUAUUCAAGAAAAUUAAAGAACUUGAAGAUGAAUUUACAAAAUUGCUAUUGUCACCUCGAAGCAAAGAAAUUAUCGAGAAGAGACAAGCUAUUCAGGAUGAAAUCUCAGAUCUGAGAACAUCCAUAAAAGUUCUCAAUGAAUUGUCAAACAUUGAGGAUUUGGCUGAAUCUAAUAAUUCAGUCACAAUGAAACCAUCCUCUAAAAACAAUAAACAAAUUGGUUUUAAGCUGGUAAAUAAUAAUGGUGAAGAAGUAUCAUACAAUGCGCAUAAUGAUGCUUACCCAUUUGAUUGGAAGUUAAAGGGUAUUAAAAAUUACCCAAGAUGGCUUGAAGAAUUUAAGAAAUUUCUUGAAGCACAUAACUUCGAUGAUAUAACAUAUUUGUCAAAUGAGACAGUUAUAUCAACUGCUGAGGAUCAUGUUCUUAUGAACAUACUAAGAAGUAAUAUUCAAGAUCCAAAAUUGGCAAUGUUUUUAGAAACAGCCAAUUCAGCAAUAAUCUUAUUGAAUAAGAUUGAAAAGAAAUAUCAAGAAACUUUCACAAUGGAGUUUAGAGAAACCUUGUGGAAGGAUAUUGCAUUAAACAAGAAUUCUUCUGAUCUGGANCAACAACUUUCAGAUGCUUCUAUACUAAUCAAAUUGGAUAAACACUUUGGUACUAUAAAUAAGUAUACAAUAUCUGAAUUACGUCAAUAUACUGACAGAAAAUCCUUGAUCUAA